AUGCUGUGGUGGGUCAACUGUGUGAGUGACCGACCACCCGAUGGUGUAGUGCGAAGACCUCAGUAUGGCGAAACAGAUGUCAUUAGCGAUGCUCCACUGGAUUCGACUCGAUGCGAUUGCGAAUACUCAUAUCGGGAAAACGAAGAGCUGUGGACAAUCGACUCGAAUCUAUCCAGCUUUGACGAAGGCGAAGGCACCAAGUAUUUAUUGACACUCGUCGAAUUUAUCGAAUAUUUAUACUACAAGGUGAAUGAAGCCAUCGAGUCACUGGAUGGAGGCCAACAUCGUGGAUAUCAUCGAUUAGUUCGAUUUCAGCAGAAAACGAAAGACAAGGCGGGUCUGUUGACGACAGUGUUGAUGAUUCCACUUGCUGGCGAAGAUCAGUCACUGCCACCGCCGUCGAUUGCCUCAAUAUCAGGAAUUUAUGUGGCAUCGGGAAUGGCACCACGGUCAAGUAGUGAGGAAUACGAGGACUACGACAAGGUUCGAGCCGGUGAAUGUGUGGUAGUCAAGGAUCGUAUUGGUGACGACUGGCUGAUUGGUCAUGUGUUCAGUCGUAGUGGUGCUGACUGUAAAACAGGCCGUUUUCCAACAUCAUACGUGGCACUUUAA